GAUGUGUGCCUCCCUCCUUGUUGCUGUGUCCAGAAUGAGUCCACUGCGGCUGCUGGCAUCCCGGCUUGGUGCACAGGCCAUAAGGCUCCUGGUCCCACAUGAUGUCCAGGUGGUCAGCUGGCAGCUCAGGUCCUCUGGGCCCCCAACUACCCUCCCCAACAGCAGAAGUGGAAGCAGCUCCAGUUACAUUGAGGAGAUGUACUUUGCGUGGCUGGAAAACCCCCAGAGUGUCCACAAGUCCUGGGAUAGCUUCUUCCGGAAAGCCAACGAGGAGGCCUCUUCUGGCCUGAUGCAGCCACAACCCCCAUCUGUUGUCCCUGAGAGCAGACCGGCACUUUCAAACAGGACCAAGACCAGCAAGCUGGUAGAGGAUCACCUGGCAGUGCAAUCCCUGAUACGGGCCUACCAGAUCCGGGGCCACCAUGUGGCCCAGCUGGACCCCUUAGGAAUUCUGGAUGCAGACCUGGACUCCUUCGUGCCCUCAGAUUUAAUCACAACCAUCGACAAGUUGGCCUUCUACGACCUGCGAGAAGCUGACUUAGAUAAAGAGUUCCAGCUACCUACGACCACUUUCAUUGGGGGCUCAGAAAACACCCUGUCUCUGCGGGAGAUCAUUCGGCGCCUAGAGAGCACCUACUGCCAGCACAUUGGCCUGGAAUUCAUGUUCAUCAAUGAUGUGGAGCAGUGCCAGUGGAUCCGGCAGAAGUUUGAGACUCCUGGUGUCAUGCAGUUCUCCAGUGAGGAGAAGCGGACCCUGCUGGCCCGGCUGGUGCACUCCAUGAGAUUCGAAGACUUCCUGGCGCGCAAGUGGUCCUCAGAGAAGCGGUUUGGUCUGGAGGGCUGUGAGGUCAUGAUUCCUGCCCUCAAGACUAUCAUCGAUAAAUCCAGUGAGAUGGGGAUUGAGAAUGUCAUCCUGGGGAUGCCCCAUAGGGGCAGGCUGAACGUGCUGGCCAAUGUGAUCCGCAAGGACCUGGAGCAGAUCUUCUGCCAGUUUGACCCCAAGCUGGAGGCAGCAGAUGAGGGCUCUGGGGACGUCAAAUAUCACCUGGGCAUGUACCACGAGAGGAUCAAUCGGGCCACAAACAGAAAUAUCACUCUGUCACUUGUGGCCAACCCCUCCCACUUGGAGGCUGUGGACCCCGUAGUGCAAGGAAAGACGAAGGCUGAGCAGUUCUACCGUGGAGACUUAGAGGGCAAGAAGGUCAUGUCCAUUUUGGUGCACGGGGAUGCUGCCUUCGCUGGCCAGGGUGUGGUCUACGAGACCUUCCACCUGAGUGACCUGCCUUCUUAUACCACUAAUGGCACUGUGCAUGUCGUCGUCAACAACCAGAUUGGCUUCACUACGGACCCCCGAAUGGCCCGCUCCUCACCGUACCCUACUGACGUGGCCCGCGUGGUCAAUGCACCCAUCUUCCACGUGAACGCGGAUGACCCAGAGGCGGUGAUAUAUGUGUGCAGUGUGGCAGCUGAGUGGAGGAACACCUUUAACAAAGAUGUUGUCGUGGACCUGGUCUGCUACCGCCGGCGUGGCCACAAUGAGAUGGAUGAGCCCAUGUUCACACAGCCGCUCAUGUACAAGCAGAUCCACAGACAGGUACCUGUGCUGAAGAAGUAUGCAGACAAGCUUAUUGCUGAGGGCAUGGUCACCCUUCAGGAGUUCGAGGAGGAAAUUGCCAAGUAUGACCGCAUCUGUGAGGAGGCGUAUGGCAGAUCCAAAGACAAAAAGAUCCUGGAUAUAAAGCACUGGCUGGACUCCCCCUGGCCAGGCUUUUUCAAUGUGGAUGGGGAGCCCAAGAGCAUGACAUGCCCGGCCACUGGCAUUCCUGAGGACACACUGACCCACAUCGGCACUGUGGCCAGCUCUGUGCCCCUGGAAGGCUUCAAGAUCCACACAGGCCUUUCUCGCAUCCUACGGGGCCGAGCGGACAUGACCAAGAAGCGGACAGUGGACUGGGCACUGGCAGAGUACAUGGCCUUCGGCUCCCUCCUUCAGGAGGGCAUCCACGUGCGGCUGAGUGGGCAGGAUGUGGAGAGGGGAACGUUCAGCCACCGGCACCAUGUUCUCCAUGACCAGGAUGUUGACCGGAGGACGUGUGUCCCCAUGAACCAUCUCUGGCCUGAUCAGGCCCCCUACACAGUGUGCAAUAGCUCCCUCUCGGAAUACGGGGUCUUGGGCUUUGAGCUGGGCUACGCCAUGGCCAGCCCCAAUGCCCUGGUCCUCUGGGAGGCUCAGUUUGGUGACUUCCACAACACGGCCCAGUGCAUCAUCGACCAGUUCAUCAGCACUGGCCAAGCCAAGUGGGUACGGCACAAUGGCAUCGUACUGCUGCUACCUCACGGCAUGGAGGGCAUGGGCCCGGAGCACUCCUCAGCAAGGCCUGAGAGGUUCCUGCAGAUGAGCAAUGAUGACUCGGAUGCCUACCCUGCAUUCACCAAGGACUUCGAGGUGAGACAGCUCUAUGACUGCAACUGGAUUGUAGUCAACUGCUCCACACCAGCCAGCUACUUCCAUGUGCUGCGCCGGCAGAUCCUGCUGCCCUUCCGCAAGCCUCUGAUUAUCUUCACACCCAAAUCUCUGCUGAGGCACCCGGAAGCCAAGUCCAGCUUUGACCAGAUGGUGUCUGGAACUAGCUUCCAGCGGGUGAUCCCUGAAGAUGGGGCUGCAGCACAGGCACCUGGACAGGUGCAGCGGCUCAUUUUCUGCACGGGCAAGGUGUACUAUGACUUGGUAAAGGAGCGGAGCAGCCAGGGCCUGGAGGAGCAAGUGGCCAUCACACGCCUGGAGCAGAUCUCUCCAUUCCCCUUCGACCUGAUCAAGCAAGAAGCAGAGAAGUACCAAGGUGCAGAGCUGGUCUGGUGCCAGGAGGAGCACAAGAACAUGGGCUACUAUGACUACAUCAGCCCUCGCUUCAUGACCAUCCUAAGCCGGGCACGACCCAUCUGGUAUGUUGGCCGUGACCCAGCAGCUGCACCAGCAACAGGAAAUAGGAACACUCACCUAGUGUCACUGAAGAAGUUUCUGGACACUGCCUUCAAUCUUCAGGCCUUUGAGGGCAAGACAUUUUAG